AAAGCAGAGUCACAGUCAUUUCCUGCAGAGGGCCCCCGAGUAUGGUUUUCUGCUCUCCACGGCUGAGGAACGGAAGCAAACAGAAGGACAGUGGAGCAGUUUUCCCUCUUCCUCUCAGUCUGUGCGGAGGAUGGAGCUGGAAGUCUGAGCAGGGCAGCUGGAGCCUGCAGAGUUCCAGCCAAGCUCCGAGUUUGACCUCCUUUCCCUGAACUCAAACUCUGACCAUGAAGCUCUGGCUUGUGCUUUGCCUGGCGCUGAUCUGGGUGGAGCUCCACAACGGCGCCUGCCAACAACUAAAGCGCAGAAAAGACGCAGGAGAGAGCCGGGUGAGACCGGGGGGCCGACGGGUCAAGCGACCCCUCAAACCCAAGGAGGGGGGAGCGAAGGGCCAGUCGCUGCUGACGCAGGUGUUGGACAAGGGCCGCUUCCUGCGCCUGGGCCCGAGCACGGCGCUGCCGCCCGGGAGGAGCGUGGAGCUGCGCUGCAAAGGCAGCAGCAUCGGGUGGUCCUACCCCGCCUACCUGGACGCCUACAGCGACUCCCGCCUCAGCGUCAAGCACAGCGACAAGUACAGCCAGCUGCUGCUGACGGCGCCCUCCGCCGCCGACACGGGGCCCUACAGCUGCUGGGUGAUCGUGUGCGACGGCACCGAGUGCGAGAAGGACCACGACCGCUCCUAUGUCUCCUACAUCUACUUCACAGACAAGGACAACCUCUUCGUCCCCUCCGCCAUCCACUUUGAGAUCGUAUACCUGCGCCCGGACCGACCCGCCGUGGUUCCGUGCCGCGUGACCGACCCGCAGGCCAAGGUGUCUCUGCACAGAGAGGUCCCUCCAGAGGAGCUCAACGCCAACGAGACCCUAGUGACCUAUGACCCCACAAAGGGCUUCGUCCUGCAGAACCCCAGCCCAGAGCAUCAGGGGGUCUUCUAUUGCAAGGCUGUGGCCAGGGGCACCCCUCAGAUCUCCAACAAGUUCCAUCUGCUCUACGUGGAGGUUCCCGUUAGCCCGCCCUUUGUGAGUCUGGAAGCGUUUCCAGGCUCCGUGAGAGGCGGCGACGACAUCAACGUGACCUGCACGGUGCUGGGGGAGCCGGAGGUGGACGUCAGCUUCCUCUGGUUCUACCCUGGACAGGACCACCAUCGUCCCGUUCGCGUCCACACGUCCUGGAGGCUGGUGAACCGAGGCAAGGGCCACGUCACACGCCAAUCCCAGAGCGUCCUGACAGUGGAGGACAUGGAGACCAUUGACUUUGGAGAAUACAUGUGUAAAACCAAAAACCCGCAGGGUGAGACGAUCGUGGCGACCAACAUCUCCAACAUCUCCCCAUAGUCUCUUCUCAUUGGCUGUUCAUGGUGUUGAACUGUUACACACACCUGACACAUGAAAUCACAAUGUACAUGUAUAUACAUACAUACAUACAUACAUAGAGGGAAUGUAGUUUUAGGCUGCAGCUUGUUAUAAUAUUAAAAACCUGCCAUAUCCUUUAAGAAAUCACUCUUAGCAUUAAGUUGAAGCUAUAUGGAGCAGGACUCCAAUUUAUAAACCUGGAUUGCUUUUUCUCCAAUCAUAAACAUCUACAUUAACACAAUUAAUAAAAUCCUAACCACCAA